CACGACACGGUUUCCUCAGCCACGGAUGGCGAGAGUGAUAGCCUUACACGUGUUCAUCAGCUGAUGCGCCCGCGUCCGCGCCGCACCGCCCCACGUCGUCCGACGUCGCUUCUCCAGUGAUAGGCACAGCCCCAGCCUACUCGCGUCGGCCGUCGGUUGCAUCAGUCGCAAUCCAGCUGCUGUCCGGAGUGGAGCGUCGCCGAGAUCGCGUCGCGCUGAACAUCACCAUCCUUGUUUUCCUAUGAUGAAUUAUUUUUGAUGCCAAUAUUGAAGCUGCUAUUCUUACAUAAUGAACAGAACAUAUAUAAACAUCAUGUUUUAUUGAUAUAAUUGGAUAUAACUGGAGAAGAGUGCCACAGAUAUGUUCCUAACUUUUGCUUAAUACUAAAGCUAACAGUGGAAAAGAUAAUAAUCACAAUGGCUGACAAAAGCAAGAAAUUAUCGCGUUGGUACUUUGGUGGUGUUUCUUCUGCAGCUGCUGCGUGUGUAACUCAUCCUCUAGAUUUGUUAAAGGUUCACCUCCAAACACAACAAGAAGGCAAAAUAUCAAUAACACGCUCGACAGUUGCAAUUAUUAAGAAACAAGGAAUAUUAGCUCUAUAUAAUGGACUCAGUGCUUCCCUGCUUCGCCAACUUACAUACUCUACAAUAAGAUUUGGAGCAUAUGAGGUUGGCAAGCAAACGUUCGAGUCAUCUGGACAUUCGUUACCCUUUUACCAAAAAUUACUGUUAGCUGGUGUGUCUGGUGCCACGGGCGGCGUAUUCGGCACUCCUGCCGACGUAAUUAAUGUGCGCAUGCAGAACGAUAUCAAGUUGGCACCGGAACUGAGAAGGAACUAUAAGCACGCCUUGGAUGGACUGUUGCGUGUGAUCCAGAAAGAGGGAGUACGUCGGUUGUUCAGUGGAUGUUCUACCGCGACCUUAAGAGCGGUGUUGAUGACUAUCGGUCAGUUGAGUUUUUAUGACCAGAUCAAAAUGAUGUUAUUAGAGUCUGGCUACUUUCAGGAUAAUCCUUCGACGCACGUUUUAUCCAGCAUAUCGGCUGGCGCUAUCGCGACAACACUUACACAGCCUUUGGAUGUUCUGAAGACGAGGGCGAUGAAUGCGAAGCCUGGAGAAUUUAAAAGUCUGAUGGAGAUCUUCCUAUAUACUGCCAAACUCGGGCCACUAGCUUUUUUUAAAGGCUACGUACCUGCAUUUAUUCGGUUAGCACCGCAGACCAUCCUUACCUUUGUAUUCCUGGAACAGCUCAGAACCAAUUUCGGAUUCUAUCCAAAAUCUGUGAAACCAUCAUCAUAAACUGAUAGAUGUAAUUUGUACAAAACCAGCUCCAACCGACUUAAAGAAAUGGAUCCAUUACAACAUGAUGAAAUCUUCGUACAGGGUAUGAAUCAGUAGAAGUGCCAAAGCUCGUAAAUCUGAACAAAUGAUCACAUUUGUCCAACACAAACAAAUUCUAUGAUCCAAUUCUAUGAGACGCAUACGUGUAGUUCAAAUAUUAGGGUUUAAUUAAUUAGUAGAGAUUCGUCGUAAGAGAUAUAUAUCCAGAGAUACAAAAAUAUUUUAGUAAUGCAGAUUAUAUAUCUUACAUAUGUAUGUAUGUGUGUGUGUCUAUAUUAGGUUGAUGCAAAAAUAAUUGCGGUUUUUCCGAUCGAAGUUGAAUAAGGAAAACCGCAAUUAUUUUUGCACCAAUUCAAUAUGUAUAUAUUAUAUUCCAUCUGCGAUACAUUCCUCGUAGUAUUAAUUUCGAUGUGAAUUUAUGCUGGCAUAUACAAUUGUACAAAUUUAUACAUACAUUUAGUUACGCGACCUUUUACAUGCGCACACAUAAAGUGAUUUUUUUAGUACAAAAAAAAGGAUACAUAUUUACACGUAGAAGCUGAGCUUCGUAUAUUUCUUUAUUAAGGCCUGCAGCACUUAAAGCUGUACUUUAAGCAGUUGUUCCAUCCAUGCUACAUGUACAAUAAGUGGAAUUUUGCCAAUGAACUAUACAGUACAAUUCAUGAAAGAGCUUUAGAUGGACAACUGUACAACGAAAAUAUUUUGUUAACGAUUACCGAGACAUAACGCCUACAAAAAUAUAAUGUUAUUUUAAAAACACGAACAGUUUAUUAUAACAACAAUGCGAGAUACCUCAGUCGUAACGACGUGAUUAACAAUUUUCAAGUACCUGCAUACUUGCGAGAGCGAAAA